AUGUUAAUGUCGAUUACAACGUUCACGCCACAUCAGAGCAUGCAUGAAGGUGUGGCCCUGGGCAGCUUUACUGAUACUUCUCCACAAUUACUUUAUCCUAAGCCUGUAGGAGUGCCAUCCCAAGAUCUAGGUGGCUUUUUAGAUGAUGGUUUCGAUGCGCCUCUCUUGCGUGUUAUGAGCUUUGUCCCAGCGUGGACUCCAAACGCGGAGUGGGUAUCAGAGGACUAUGGAACAGGGAAUAUGAGCAGCACGGCUGCAGCAUUCCAUGAGUAG